AUGAUGACUCCACCGCCAUCAGUGUCGGUAGAAGAAGGCCGUGUUGUCACUACUCCAACCGAAGGUCUCGGCACAGGAACUCCACCGCAUGGAGGCGCCCCAGGUUCCCCCAAUUUCCAUUCGGAGCAGCCAAGUCAUCAUCCGCCAGGACCUCCGUCUCUUCCAGACCAUUUGUCCACGCAUCAGCAGGAAGAUGAGGAAAAUAUGCACACCAGUACUUCUACUACCAUUCAUGAAGACGACAUAAUCGGAGGCCGUGGCGCCAAAGUCAACGGUCGACCGGGCAACAAACGAUUUCGCGCGCUUUGUUUUUCCCGCAAACCGGAAUUCGAUGCGGGCAAUCAUGCAGCCAAACGACGCAUUGCUACCGAAAUUGUGCAUUUGCUGCAGUCUCAACAUCAGACGCGUUUUCUCAAAAAGUCGGCUAGUGCCAAUAAUGGUGGUUGGAACGAAAUGACGCAGGAACAAGCCAUUCAAAAAGCGUGUCAAGUCAUGCGCGAUUAUCGACGACCCGAUCGAUUGGCCUUACGAGAAGCACAAGAAGCGCAGCGGAGUGGAAAUAGUACAACUAGUACAAGCUCAGUACGACCACCACCUCAUCCACAUCCACACAAUCAUAACCACAAUAUUCCACCGCCCCUGAAUAAUAAACCCAACAACAACAGCAACCAAAACAAAUUCAAACAACCCACUCCUACUGCUCCUACGCCAACUACACAGCUUACUCCGUUUGUCGAAAAUCCAUUUGGCGUACGAGAUCACGAUAUUUUGAGUGGCCGAGGAGCCUUUGUCAAUGGACACGUCGGGAAUCAACGAUUGCGAAAAUUGGCAUUGGAACGAAAGGAAGCCUUUGACAAUGGAAAUUUUACGGAAAAACAGGCAUUGGCGUCGGAAAUUGUCACGCAGAUACGAGCGUUGGGGGGACGGUUCCUCAAGAAAAAAUCAAAACAACAGCAACAACAAGGAGACGACGAAUGGGAAGAAUUGUCCGACGAUAAAGCCAUUCACAAGGCAUGUCAAGUCAUGAGGGAUAUCAACCGAGCGGAUCGAGUGGACCGGGAUACCAAACGAAAAGGCAAAAAACGACCCAUCCACAACAAUAACAACAACAACCAAAACAACAAUAACAACAUGCCCCAUCAUCAUCAUCAUCCGCCACCCGUACCGGUAGUUCCACCACCACCACCUUUUGCCACGGUAGAGGGGCAACUUCCACCCCCGCCAUUGCCACCACCGCUGCCAGGAAUAUUCCCUCCGCCACCACCGCCACUACACCACGAUCAUAAUAGUAUGAAAUCGGACGAACACGAACACGACAAUCUCAAGGAUGAUCUCGUUGUGGCCGAGGAAGAAGAAGCACCGUCAUCCAAUGACAAUGAACACGAACAUGACAAUGACAUGGAACAACAUGAUCAACAACAACACCAACACGACGACGAAGAAGACCCAGAUACAAUGGACGAACAGGUGGAUGAUACUCCUGCUGCCGAGGCAUUCAUUCUAGUAUAG